CUCUGUGCAGAUUGCACAAGGGAUGUUCAGCCAAACAAAGGAGAGAGAGUUAUUUGCGUGGUUCUGCAGGAACCUGGUUGAAUGCAUAAGGAAGGCGAGGCCUGUGGACUUAAAUAGUGCCAUGAAUGGAGGUGAUCCUACAAGGAUGGGAGGGUCAGUUUCAGAGUUAAGCUGUAAGUUACCAGGGGCUGGGAGCAGAGGAUUGAAAGCAGACAACGUUUGCGUGCUUCAGCUUGCCUUAAGAGAGUUUCUGAAUGUUCAAAGUAAAGAAGAAGUGAUGUGAUGGAUCGAUACGAAUCCAUUUGAGAGAGGAAUUUUAACAGUAAUUGUACACAUUCGUUUGGUUUUCUUCACGUUGCUGUAACUUUAGUUGUGGAGCAGAUCCUUCUGUGCAGUUAUACUGAUGGUUGUAAUUUCCUUCCCGACAGCCGUUGCUCAGAAAUGCAUCAACAGUGUAUUUGUAGCCUCUUAGGGGUUUUUGGUUUUGUUUCUUUCGAUGUGAAGUGCUGGUGGGAGGCUCUUCUUUCCACCCCCAGCACCUACAACCUGCCCUGUGCCACGCUCUGCCUUUGGCUGUGCCAGCACUGUGUUCUCAGCUAUAUCCUGACCUUGGUCGUGCUCAGCCUCUCCCAAGCAGCCUGCUCACCUCUGGUUGCUAUUUGAUAGAGGAAGGCUGAAGCCUUCCCUGUUUCCUGGCAGCUCUGAUUUUUCCACUUCUUGAUUCCAGAGAGGUGGCUUUGUUUAAAGGGGUCAGUGUUAUCUCUUUGGUCCCUAUGGGAAGAGGCUGCUGUAGUUCUGACAGUGACCCUGCAGAAGCCACGAGCUGUACCACCUGUACAUCUUAGUGGGCUUUUCUCCUUUAUCUGCAUCUGCGUCAAAGCCAAGUACUGGCUCUGCUCAGGUCCUUAGUGCUUGGCUGGUGUGCCCACCUCCCUGUGUGCCACCACGGCAGCACCACUGGACAAGGAGGAGUGAUCAGGGUGUGAUCCUGGUGCUGAAAUGGACCACAGCCCCUAGGCAGGUCUCAUGGUUGCACUGGGAGAUGAUGGAGAGGCCAACAGCAGUACGGGCGGCCCCGGAAUGGGAGAUGCUGAAACACCCUGUGCAGGGGGCUGCUGCCCUGCUGCUGGGACAGGGAGCCAGGGGAGCACGUGUGGGCUGUUCAGGAGGAGAGUGGCGUCAGCCCAGCCUCACAGCCUUCCUGCUCAGUGCUGUGUGCUCACCCUCCUGCUCUGGGGUUGUCUGGAAACGUGGCACGAGGGGAGGGACCUCUGUGGGCACAGCGGGUGCUGUGAGUGCAUCAGUCCCUUCUAGCACAGCAGAAUUCUGCUCUGCAGCCUGAGGCACUGCUACACCCACGGCUUUCACGGCACCACCUGGAGAGCGAGGAGCUGUGCUCACAGCUGCCCACUGCCUGCUUACUGAGCUGUUCAUGCCAAGAAGCCUCAGGUGAGGAAUGCUCUAGGAUCGUGCUGUGGACACGCCAUCUUUGGGUUGUGCCCUGCAGUGGCCAGACAUGGCUAGCUUGGCUGUGGGAAUCAUCCUUGCUGUGCUGGCUCCGCUCAUCAUCACUGCCAACGUGCUGGUGGCCAUUGCCCUCCUUCGCCUUAUCUGGAAGACCGGCUACAAGGGACACUACUUUGUCCUUAAUCUUGCUGCUGCAGAUGCCCUGGUUGGUUUGUCAGUUGCAGGUCUGAUCAGGGAUGAGUUAUUUGAGCGCUCUCAUCCCCCACAUAUGUUCUGUGUCCUGCGAAUGGCUUUUGUGACCACCUCUUCUGCUGCUUCUAUCCUAUCCCUGACCCUGGUGGCGUGUUACAGGCACCUGGCGAUCAGAAAGCCUUUCCACUACCAUCAGCUGGUCACGGGCAUGCGGGUGGGGCUGCACUUGGUGGGGCUCUGGCUGCUUGCUGGCAUCGUUGGCUUCCUCCCACUCCUUAUCCCAGGCUUUCAGAAGAUCCCUCUUGAGGAAAAAUGCUCCUUCUUCGGAGUCUUCCACCUCCGCUACAUGCUCAUUGUCUCCUGCAUGGGCUUCUUUCCGGCCCUGUUUCUCUUCAUUUAUCUCUAUUGUGACAUGCUGAAAAUUGCCUCUGUGCACGUGCAACAGAUCCGGGAAGUGGAACGUGCGGGGCUGGCCAGGGGCACCACCAGUGACAUGAAGGCCAUGCGCACCGUGGCCAUGCUCAUCGGGUGCUUUGUGCUGUCCUGGCUGCCAUUUUUCAUCGCUGGCAUCGUGCAAACUGUGUGUACCGAGUGCUUCCCCUACAGAGUCCUUGAGAGUUACCUCUGGCUGUUGGGACUGUGCAACUCCCUCCUGAACCCCUUGCUCUACUCCUACUGGCAGAAGGACGUGCGGCGGCAGCUCUCCCAGCUGGCUGCUGGUGUGAAGAGGAAAGCCCUUCGUGUGGGGAAGGGUUGCUGUUUCCCCAGCAGAGGCACCAAAUCCAUUCCCACUGUGUCAUGCUUGCAGCUCCAGGACUGACGUGGAACAGCUCCCUCAGAACAGGGCCCUUAGCUGAGGCCUCGCUCCAGUCUGAAAAUGGGGAUGCUUCACACAACCAGUAGUUGGUUCCUCCGCUGUCACCUGCCCUGCUGGUGGAGAUGAAGGCUCAAGGCCUUAUUCCAUGCACAGAUGUGGACCUGCCUCGGUCCUGAGGCCGUCAUCAUCAUCUCAGAGGAAAGGCAAAAAUAAAAGCACCCUACUGAGAGCAAAAGCAAAGCAGCAGCUGCCCCGUGGCACCCAUCUCUGUGCCUGGGAGAGGCCUGAGCCCAACCACCACACAACGUAUCCUGUUCCUGUGAAGGAAAGAGCCCGAGAUAAGGCUCGUACAGAACAGAUGGGCUCUGGGGGUGAACUGAUGCCUCGCAGGUGGGUUUGGUGGGCGGAUCCGCUCUGACUCAGCCCUGGGGAUCGGCACAUCAUCUGCCAGCGUGACGUGCGUGCCGUCUGCGCUCGGCACGGCGUGGGCUCCACCAGCUGCUGCUUUGCAAGGCCGACCCAUCCUCGCCGAGCGUCCGACGAGGCCGGAGCCGUCCUCUGCCUCCUCCAACGCCGCUCCUGCGGGCGCCCACUGGCUGUGGAGACCGAGCGGGACUCCUUCGCGCGUCUGCCGCGGUCCCGCCGUCCACGGGCACAGCCGCGGGCGGGGUUUGCGCCCGGGCAGAGCGGAGGGGUGGGCGGCUGGCGGCGCCCCCACCCGCAGCGGGGAUAGCAUCUCCUCGUGCCGGAGCUGCCGGGGGGCGAUGACGCGCUCCGGGACGCAGCCAGCAGGAGGCGGAGCGUCGGCCCGCAGUGCAGCGCGGGUCCCUCGCCGCGUCCCCGCUUUGCUUCUCCUCUCCCGGCUCCGAGCGCCGCAGGAGGGCUGAAGAGAGAGCGGUUCCUCUGUUUGCUGUCCGGUCGGCUGAAUAAAUAGCGUUGCUGCCGGUC